UAGGGGGAGGACCGGAGGAGAGCAUAGAGGUAUGGCAGAGGGAGUCGUGCGCUGACUUCGAAAAGGAACCUGUCUGCGUGUGUCCCACACCUGCGGGGGGCAACAGGGUCACUGCAGCGAGCACCUUCCAGCAGGCACUUAGCCGCUUAGCCUCGAACCCACAUCCUCCUGUCGCUCUCCCCAGCUGGGACGUGCCGAGAACGAGACGCGGGGCGCAGUCCUAACGCGCCUCUUUGGAAGGGCGCGUUAGGGCUGGUCGCAGGAGGCCGGCGAUGUCCAAACCGUCGCGCCUGGCCGGGCCCCCCGCUGCAGGGGCCCCCUCUAAACUGCCCUCACCCAGGAAGGAGAGCUCGGGGGGACGGGUGCGAGCUGUGAGCAUCGGGGAGAAGCUGAUGCGGGCCGGCAGCGAUGGGAACCUGCUCAAGCACAAAUCCUCGGGCCGUCCCCCGCAGGAGAACCCCGAAUCCCGGAGGAAGACCUCCCCGUCCAAAGAGCAACCCAAGGGCAACCUGAGGGCGACCUCCCCGGAGGAUGCUGAGCCUCUCGUGCGGAAACCCGCCGCAGCCAACGGGAGCAGCCGCUUGGACCCCAAGUCCCCCCGGAACGCACCCAGGAGACACACGGUGGGAGGGCCUCGCACUUCCCAGGAGAUCCUGGCCAUGCAGCCGUCCGACAUGGACCGGAAGCGCGAAGCCUUCCUGGAGCACCUGAAGCAGAAGUACCCCCACCACGCCUCCGCCAUCAUGGGCCACCAGGAGCGGCUCCGUGAGCAGAGCAGGAGCCCGAAGCACUGCGCGAGCCCCCAGGCCGCCGCGGCAGAUCCCGCCGAGCACCUCUGCGUGGCCUCGCUCGACGCCCUGGAGCUCAUGUCGGAGGGAGACGGCCCCAGCGCCUUCACGCGUGGCAGCCGCUCGCGCGCCAGCCUGCCCGUGGUGCGCUCCGCCAACCAGACCAAGGACCGCUCCCUAGGUGUCCUCUAUCUGCAAUAUGGGGACGAGACGAAGGCGAUGAGGAUGCCCAACGAGAUCACGGGCAGCGACACGAUCAGGGCGCUCUUCGUCAGCGCCUUCCCGCAGCACCUCAACAUGAAGAUGCUGGAGUCGCCCAGCGUGGCCAUCUACAUGAAGGACGAUGUGCGCAACGUCUACUACGAGCUCAGCGACGUCAGGAACAUCACGGACCACUCCUGCCUGAAGGUGUACCACAAAGAUCCCGCGCAGGCCUUCAAUCACGGCUCUCGGCCCGCCAACGGAGACGCUAGAGUCCACAGAGAGGCGCUGUACGGCGGGCGUGAGGGGCAGCACUCCCUGCGACAGCCGCCCUUGGGCUCCCCGGCGCAUGGUAUGGCUUCCCCGCUGUCACCUCCGCCACCCCUCUCCAUGCCGCCCUCACCUUCUAGGAUCCCCUUCGGGCCACGGGGGGCCACCCUGCCGGGAGGUGCCACCCUGCCCAGGGACAGGCUGGCUAGCGUGCCGGCCGGCCGUGCCGCGUCUCCUUGCCCCAGUGCCAUCCUGGAGCGGAGGGACGUCAAACCGGACGAAGACAUGGGCCCGGCGGGUGUGGGUGUGGCCCUGGCCCGUGGCGACGCCCUGUACAGCGACUCCUACCUGCUGCAUGAGGGCCGGUUGAGCAUUGCCUCCUCCCAUAGUGGGCACCCUCCAGAUGUGGUCGAUCACUUGGGGAUGUCCGCCUACCAUCGCGGCCCCCUGCGCUCCCCUGCUGGUCCCUAUGCUGGCCCCGAGUCCCCUGAACACCACGCCCUCUACAGGCAGAAGUCCCGGAAGUAUAGCGAGAAGACUCCUCCCCCCUCCCCGCAUCGCAUGGUGGAGGUCCACGCCAGCCAGGGCACCCACCUGCCCCCACAGGGCGCUCCGCUGGAGAGGGCCUCCCCAGUGCGGCAGUCCUUCCGCAAGGAGGGCAUGGAGACACUGGUCAAGGCGCGGGGCGGCAUGGCUUCGCCCGUCACCCCUGACCUUCCACCAGGGUCCCCGAACGACCCCCAGACAAGGGAGAGAAUGAAGGCCAUGGAGGCACAGAUUGCCAGCCUGACUGGACUGGUCAAGCACGCACUUUUAAAGGGACCAGGUGCUGCUGAGGCCAAGGAGAACAGCAGCGACAGGCAGGCGAAGGCCGCAUCUCCGGUCCACAGCGCAAGCAGUGGAGGGGCCUCUCCCAUCCUGAGCGCUCGGAGCUCAGCCGCCCUGCUGGAGAGCACCUCGACGCCCCCUCCGUCCUCAGGCCCCGCCCCCCUGCAGGCCAGCCUGGCCCACUUUAGGAGGAGUGUGGCCGACCUCCGGCAGCAGCUCCAACAGAUGCGACAGCUGCAGAUUCAGAACCAGGAGACCCUGAAGCUGAUGCUGAAGCAGGCGGAGCAGGAGAUCGGCCACAAGGUCGCAGACACGCUGAAGCGCCUUGAGGACCCGGUGCAAAAGCAGAGGGCCCUCGUGGAGGAAGAGCGUCAGAAGUACCUGGGCAUGGAGGAGAGAGUGCUGGAACAGCUGGGGGAGCUGGAGCUGCUUGUGGAAGAGCUGAAGAAGGAGCGUGUGGUCACCCUCAAGGAUGUGGAGGACAGGGCAGUGAGCCUGCAGAAGGUGGGCGAUGGUCUGGCGGAGCUCAAAGGUGAGUUCCCUGCCCUGCAGACCAAGAUGCGGGCGGUGCUGCGGGUCGAAGUGGAGGCGGUCCGCUUCCUGAAGGAGGAGCCACACAAGCUGGACAGCAUCCUGAAGAGGGUCAAGACCCUGACUGAGGCGCUUGGGUGCCUGAGGAGAUCUGCCACAGAGGGGCUCCUGAAGGGACUAGAGCCCGUGGAGGCGGACAACCCUGUCGCGGCAGAGACGGUCCCUCCCCGGGCCGACUCGCCCCCCAUCGCGCUCCCCGAACCCCAUAGCUCCAUCGUUCGCACAGAGGUGAUGCCCGCCUCUCCGCUGGUGGUCCAACGGGCACAGAGCUCUCCUGUGCACCUGCAGCAGUCCCAGCAGUCAGCUGAGCCCACCGCGGCAUCGCUAGAAAGGCCCCUGUCGAGCCCGGAGCCGCCAGCCCCCAGCACGCAGGCCCUCUUCAUCGAGGAGAUCCACACCAGCAGGGAGAAGAGCCAGCAGAGGGCCUUGUCCAUCGAGGCUGCUGAGCGAGAGUGGGAGGAGAAGAGGCAGAACAUGACCCACUACGAUGGGAAGGAGUUUGAGAAGGUCCUCCAAGAGGCCCAAGCCAACAUGAUGAAGGGCUUUCCCAGCUUCGAGGCGACAGCUGAAGGCGAGGGUUCUCCAGCGCCCUCCGCAGCUCAGCACGAAGAGGCCGAUGCCCAGAGACCGGAGACGCCUCCCUCAGACCCUUCAAGACCAAUGAUGCCCGGAUGUGUGUCGUCCCCAGAAGAGGCACCGCAACCUGAAUCGGAAGCCAACAGACCUGCUCCGCCCCCUAGCGAGAAGCCACAGAAACCCCCCACGGAGCCCAAGCCUCCGGCGGAGAAGCUCCCCAGGCCCGGUGCCGCCAAAGCUGCGAGGCUUGAAGCGGAGAAAGCGGGCAAGUCCCCGCCCCCACCCCCUCCGAGAAGGAGCUACCCGCCAGGCUCUGGCCUCACCACCGGGAGGUCGGGAGAGGUCAUCUUUACCUCACGGAAGGAGUCUGUCACGAUGCAGGAGGGAGAGGAGGUCUCACCAGCCCAGAAGUCCAAACCCAAGGCCAGGUCCCCCACAGAGAGCGGCCCUAAGCUGCCGACCCCUGCAGCCCCACCCUCUGUCGUGGCCUCCGCCGUCCCGGAGGAGGAAGAUGAGGGCAACAAGAUCAUGGCUGAGUUGCAGGUCUUCCAGAAGUGUGCGCUAAAGGACGUAGGGCUGAAACGGUUUGUCGAACCCCAGGUCAGAGAGCUCCGAGCCGGGGCAUUAAUCUCACCCAGAGAGCGCAAGCAGAAAGCUGAGCUGCGGCACGAAGAGAAAGUGGCACACAAGGACGAGAAUGGAAAUGACGCAAUGCGCCAGAGUCCUGGGGUCAUUUAUUACGUCACGGCCCAGAUAUCCAAAGAGCCUUCGUGUACCGCGGAAGAUCGGCCGGACAGCAGAGUCACCACCGUUGCUCCCUCACAGGUUGCACAUGCGAAUAUUUAUGACAUUUCCCAAAGACAGCAGGAAUUAGCCGCAGACGAGCCUCCCCUUGUUCCUGAGCGCCCGGCAGCGGACGGGCCGCCAAAUCUCACCACAGUAAUGUCUGCAGAUCCCCUGAAGGUGGGCCUCUGUGGGGGGAAUGACCCAGAGAAAGCCACAGAGUCAUCAAGCUCUGCUCAGGAGGGAGGGGUGCUUGAGAGCGGACCAGUCCACAGCAGGUUCUCAAACGAGGGAGUCUCUUCCUCCUUCAGAUUGAAGGUUCCUUCAGGUCUGUUCCCCACUGCGGAAGCAGUGCUGCCAAAAGCAGGUCUAGAGGUUGAACCCGUAAGCGUCACAGAGGCAGGGUUCAGCAAUCCCCACCAACUAGAACAAGGAACUCUGGCGACGGUCACUAACAACAAGCCACCCCCACCAUGGCCGUCGCAGUAUGUAGAGGCAGAGGGCGCCUCCCUGAGUCCAGACCUUCCUGGAGAGGAAGGCCCACCUCCCCCCGAUAACAUCGCCUUCAUGAUAACCGAGAGCAGGGUGCAGGCCCUGUCGCGUGGGGAGUACCAGCAGAUCGUCAGCACCAAAGCGGGCAACGUGCAGACGGUCAAGGUGGGUGAGAACCGCGAGAUGACCACGCAGGAGGAGAACGGCUUCGAUAAGAAGCCUGUGAUCAUCAUCUUUGAUGAGCCCAUGGAUAUCCGUUCUGCCUACAAGCGGCUGUCUACCAUAUUUGAGUGCGAGGAGGAGCUGGAGAGGAUGCUGGCAGAGGAGCGGAUCGAGGAGGAGAGCGAGGAGGCGGAGGCACUUGAUUCGGAGGGGAGUGGUGCCCAGGUAAAACCGAGUCCUGAUGUUGUGGAGGGUGCCGUGAGCACAGCGAAUGGCCAGAGCUGUCACAGCUCACCCGAGCUCACCGCAGGCAGCCUUCCCAAGGGUCCACCAUUGGCGGUUCAGGAGACCCCGAACGAACCCGCGGGUGACAGCAAGCAGGACGGCAAGAGAAAAUUCCGAUUCAAAUUCCCCAAAAAGCAGCUAGCGGCACUCAGUCAGGCUAUUCGCACCGGGACAAAGACGGGGAAGAAAACCUUACAGGUUGUCGUCUACGAUGAGGAGGAAGAACCAGACGGGACCUUGAAAGAGCAGAAGGAAGCGAGGAGGUUCGAAAUAGGCCGGGCGAAGUAUCCGUCUGACUCGGGCAGCACCGGGUCGCCGGAUUCCCAGUGCAGGACGGACGAGAUCCGUAAGAGUACGUACAGGACCCUGGACAGCCUGGAGCAAACCAUCAAGCAGCUGGAGACCACCAUCAGCGAGAUGGGCCCCAGGUCGCCCGAUGGUCCCGCUCCCCAGUGGUCCGAAAAGUGUCAGAUCCAGGCAACGGAUGUCAGACCCAGAGACGCCUGGGAAGAGACGGCAAACUGUCCCUCAAAGCAGGCCGCUUCCCCUGCCUCCUUGCCCCGUAAGACCUCCCAUCGUAAGAAGUCCAAACCACAGCUUCUGCCCCGGCCUGCCAGCGCCACCAGCGAACAGAGUGCCAACCCUGCCUCCUCUCCUAGUCGGAUGCCGGUGCCCGCGUCUGCCAAGGCCAGGCAGCUGCCCGGGGGCACGGACAAAGCGGGCAAGCAACAAAAGCUCCAGGACCCCCAGAGGCAGUUCCGACAGGCAAACGGAACGGCUAAGAAAGCUGGUGGGGAUAUUAAAGCUACAUCCCCAACUUUACCUGCUUCUAAGAUCCCAGCCUUUUGUCCUAACUCUGGGAAAAGCAGUCCUUUGUCUGCUCCUAACUCAGACACUACUAACGCUAUUAACUCCUCCUCUCACUCCUCCUCCUCCUCCAAGUCCUCAAUCCCACCCUCUCCAGCAACCCGCCUUGCCCCUGGCCCCACCCCCUCCAACAUCCCCUCCCUCUCUAACGGCUCUCUCAAGCUCCCCAGUCCCACCUACACCGGUAAAAGCCACGCUGUCUCCUUCUCACCACAGACCCACAAUGGCAGGCCUUCCCCUUCUUCGUCCUCUUCCGCCUGUUCCUUCCACACUUCCCCUCUUUCCCCCGUGUCCCCCACCCCCCUGAUUCAAGGUGCGAGGAGCGUGCGAACCAUACACACACCCAGCUUCACCAGCUACAAGCCGCUGAACGGAAAGCCCGCGGUCCCAUCCGCCACAUCCUCCGCCAAGGACGCAUCCUAACGGGCCCCUCCUCUGUUUUGUGGGCGGACCUUCCCAUGGUCGCCAUGGCAAAACGCAGAACAGAUGCUUGCCUUCAUCUGUCUUUUCCCCUCCCUCAUUUAUUUGGUUUUCAGUUUUGAUUUGGUAGCAUCCACAUACCCAUGCUUUCCAUUUCUGUAUACAGCAUGUGGUCCAUUGCUGGUGCACCGGUUGUAAAUUGGAUAGAGGCGUCGACAGUAAUGUGCUGUUUCACCGCACAGCAGGUAAUUCUGGGCUCAUUUACUUCUGCAGAACAUGAAUCAAAGUGGAUGUUUUCAGUAAUGGAUUUUCUUCGUUUUCCCCUCUGUACUGUGUUCAUACUCCAUGGCAUUGACUUUUUUUUUUUUUUUAUUACUAAAAUAUGAGAAGGGAUGAACAUAGAGAAUUAAGGUGUAAUCCAAGAAAAACUUAUUUUUUGAAAAGAAAACUGGAUGACUAUAGUAUAUUUUGAUCAAAAUGUUUUUUUUAUGUUGUCUGAAAUUUAACCCAUAGGUAAAUACCUUUUAGAUUAAGAACAAUAUAUUAACAUUUUUAAAAGAAACUGCGCGGACUUAUUUUUGUGUUUCGUUUCCAUUAGCAACCCGUGCACUGCCGAGUCGUUAAAAUAUAGCAGACUGAUGUCUGGGUCAUGAGGUCAAACUGUCUUCGGUAGUUAUUGUGCCUAUUUUCCAAGCUGUCUGUGUUUAAUUGCAAGUAAAAGUUACCGAUUGAAGAGACUGUGGGAACCUCACCUGUAGAGUCUCAUCUUAAUAUACCUUCUGCAGCUUUGCCCAGGUCUCUGUUGCCGAAGUCAGUAGUUAUCGAUGUUUAAUACUAUAGUAAAGGAUAGCAGCGACUUACCACCGUGUGUACAUAAGCGCGUAUUUCUCGAGGAGCUUAGUAUAGUUUUGUUAACAUACCAAAGUUUAUUUCUAAGCAUGCCUUUCAGAUAUUUUAGAAGAGAUAUUUGACGCUGAUGUAAAAGAAGAAUUAUGUUUGCACAGAUAGAUUUUUGUAAAUAUUUAGUUUUCUCAUUUUGUAAAGCUUUAAACCAUACUGCAUAAAAAGGUGGUUGCAAGGAACAAAAUUGUGAUGGUAUUGAAAGAGAAUAAAGUUCUGCAAAGUUGCUUGUGCAUUUAUU